AUGAAAUCCACAAAUAUCGACGAUUGGCUAUGUCUGUGCACACCGUUAAGCUGCUUCCAAAGAAAACAGACAAAUGAAGAUCUAAAAUGUUGCUACGAUGAGUUGAACUCGGAGGGGGUUGACGUCAUUGAGACUCAGAUUAAGUUCAUCAAGAGAUGCAUAUCUCAGGACAAUAAAAUAAUGUAUCCACAUCCUGAUAAUAAUUAUUUGGCUGUCAUUAUUGACGGAAUCUCCAGAGGAAUGGACUAUAAAACACUAAUUAAGUCUAUUGAUCCAUUAAUCACCAUGAAAACUCCUGGAUCAAUAAAUUUAUUCGAUGAUAAUUUCAAUGAUCUUUGCUUACCUGAGUCUAAAGAACUUAACACACCUGAUCUAGUAGACGCUGUUAAGGGAAAACUACAGGAUAAGUUGAGAAUACUGGAAAAAGAGCAUAAAGUCAUGGUUGACAGAAAUCAAGAUAACACUGCCUGGUUUAAUCUUAUGUUUAACUAUAUCGAUGACGACGGAGAUGGCCUGAUCGAGUGGAACCAAUUUGAAAUACAAUUGGAAGAAAUAUUGCAAAUGUUAUAA